GGGAGGGGCUUUAAAACGCGACAGAAAUGGCUGAACGGAGGCUGAACAACGGCGGAACGGUGGCUGAAAGGCGGCGGAACAGAGGCUCGAACACGCGGCGUAGAGGGCUGAGCAGAGGGCUAAGCAGCUCGAACAAGGGCAGAGCAAGAGUUGGCCAAAAAGGGCAGAACAAGGGUUGGCCAAAAAACAGAGGCAGAAGCUUGAACAAAAACGAGGCUGCCGCGCGGCGAACAAGGGCGACGAGAUGGAGGGCUGCUUCGGUGCUUCCUCCAAGCUGCGUUCGAGUUCUCUUCUCUGCCGGAAGCUCGAGGUGGAGACUGGAGACGUGAGAACUGACUACUGAGAGCGAGAGGUGAGAGUGGAGGGCUGGAGGAUCGAUAGUGGGUCAGAGGGGUGAGUGGGUCUGUGGGUGACUCAUUGACUAGGGUUCCUUUCAGCUGCUGAAAGGAAAACGCAGCGU